AUGGAGGAAAUAUUUCCAAAAUUAUUUGAUUGUCCUGAUUAUAUUCAAGGAAAAUAUUGUCAUGCACUAUGUAAUUAUCGUCAUCAAACAGAAGAAGAAAAACAAGCAAUUGAAAAAUAUCGUGAAUCACUUCGAUUAAAAUUAAAUCCUAAGAAAUCAAAUCGUUUUGGUCCGGUUUAUAUUAUUGCUGGACCAGAACGAUCUGGAACUUCAUGGUUAUUUAAUGCUGUUCGUUUACUUCUUGUACAUCAAGAUUCACCAUUUGGUCCAGCAGAUAGUUAUCGUUUAAAUCAUAUAACGAAGAAUGAUAUUGAAACACGUUUAAUAGAAGCAUGUGGUCGUCCAUUAGUUGUACGUACAAUGCGUAUACCUGAUGCAAAUUGGGCGGAAAAUCUUGAUCGUUCUGGACAUGGUUAUAUGGUAUUUGUUUCUCAUCGAGAUUUACGUGAUGUUAUUGAUGAUUGUUUAACUAUCGGUUGGAUGAAACAUGAUAUUGGAAUUAUACUUUCAAGACUUAAAGCAUAUAUGACUGCAUAUGAAUAUUGGCGUCCAAUUGCUAAAGGAGAUUUUCGUUAUGAAAGUACACAGAAUGAACCAGUGGAACAAAUAAAACAUCUUGCUCGUUUGAUGGGUAUUGAAAGUACACAUGCUGAACAUAUAGCAAGAGAAAUUAAUUCAUUAAGACCUGGUCAAGCUAUUGGACCUGAUCAGGUAACAAAAAUGUGGCCCGCUCAACGUGUUAUUGAAACAUUACGUGCAAAUGGUAAUGAUAAAGAUGAAAAUGAAAUGGAUGAUAAAGCACAUGAAGCACCAACAGUUGUUGUUGUACCUGAACAAGCAAAGUUAUCGGAAAGUGAACGAAAAAAAAUUCGUGAUGCUCAUAGCGAUUAUCAUGAUCGUUAUGGUUAUGUUUGA